CAACGUUUUCACAUGGUUCGCAUGAAUUUCUUCAGUUAAAACGGGUGAGAAUGUUCGAAAAAAUUCCGAAAUGCGUGCCGCACUGAUUUCUAUACCGAAGCAGUAUGAAUCAUGCGAGGAAACUUACUGCGUCGAAAUGAAGAAAGCAAAGACUGUGCCGGAGCAGGUGAACUGUGUGAAAAGCGUUUUCAAGGAGAUGGGAAAUGAUGGCGGCGCUUUACAGUUCCUUUGCGAUAUAUAUUUUGCGAGUCCUCUUAAACAUCCUGUUCGUAAUCAAAUAUUAAAACUUUUAAUAACGAUGGUUCGAUUGGGCACUGCCGGAACAGAUGAGUCUUUUAUAAUUAACUCUUUAGUUAAUAGCCUCCAUCGGAUUGUAGAAGAAGGCAAAAACGAGAAAGAGAGUGUUAAUUGGAAUUCCGCUAUAGCUUCCCUGUCCGGGUGUUUUGAAAAUUUUGAAUGUGGAAAAAAAGCUCUAGAGCAAUGCAUCCAUUUGAUUUUUCCAUUUGCUUGUGCUUCUGUCCAUAAAUAUGUUACCGAGCUUGGCGUUUUAAGUUCACCAUCCGUACGCAAUGAGUAUUAUUCAUAUGUUCACAAUUCCAUCCGCUUCAUGUUAUGUUGCAUUCAAGAAUUCGGUCGUCUAUUGAGGACUUCUUAUGCCGAGCAAUUGAAACAAUUAAAUUUGAAUUGCAAGGAGAUUAUAUUAGACAGCGAUAUUCCCAUGGAUCCGCGCACAAAUUCUGGAAUUUUGAUGGCACAUAUUGCUAAACUAUUUGAUAAUUAUGAUGUUUUCAUUGCGUCAGCUAAAGAUACCAAAAAUCCUAAUGAAAUUGUUCUUUGCGUUGGCAUCAUAAAUACUUGCGAGCAAAGCGAUUUCCAAAAAUAUUCCGCUGAUAUACGUGAUAUUUGCGGCAAGAUUGACGAAAUUGCUAACUUAAACGCUACUGUGCCUAACAUUUUGCUUUGCGCUACUCGUGCCCUUUAUCAGAUUUCAAAAUUAAUUCUGAAUUUCGCGUUAAAAUCCUCGCAAACUUUAGACGAUAUAAAGUUAAUUCUACGUAAAUUAUUGAUUUUUACUGUUGCUUACUUAGAGCACCAUAUGGAUAGUGUGCGGCAUUUAUGCCGCGAUCUUAUGCGCAAUAUCGUUGCCGCGGCUAAAAAAGUGGAAUUCGAUUUCCUGCUGCAAAAAAUCUAUGACGCCUGCAAUUCCGAGCGUUUAUCAUUGUCUAUGAAAUGUGUUGUAUUGCAGCAAGCUGCUGUUAUUUUGGGAGCCGAAGAGAUUAUCACGAAUUGUCUGAAAUUGUUUUCUGAACUUUUCGCCGCAAAUCUUGGCAGAGAUUUUAUUGUAAAUAAUUUAUUCGAAACGCUUAUGAUUGCCCAUCAUAAGGAGUUAGCUUUCGAGAACUGGAUUAAAAUUUGGAUUAACUAUUUACUAAAUAUUGCCGCUGCGCAGGAUUCUCGUUUAGCCGAUAUUGAAAUUCUUAUCGUUAAAGCAGUAAAAUGUGAACCGCGAGUAGUACAAGUCAUUAUAACGUAUGAGGAGAAGCCUCGGAUACCUAUUAGCACUAAAUUGUCAGCGUUAUGGGCCGUACGCAAAUCAGGCAUUCGGAUUGAUAACUUCCAAGAAAUAAUGCAGCAAUUUUCGAAGAAUUUGCAACUUUCUAUUCUUUCGAAUUGCGAUGAGACGCGAAUUAUGGCGUUACGUCUUUUGGUGGAAACUCACAAAACCACAGAACCGUUAACACUUUUAGAAUGUAAACAUUUAAUUACAUACAUUGAAUAUAACGCUAAUUGUCAGAGUCCUGCGAUCAGACAGAAGAGCUUGGCUCUACUAAGUAAAGCAUUGGUCAGGUGUGAGCUUAAUUUGGUGAAAAUUUUGAAAGGUAAGCAGCCACCAAAAGCGGUGCAAAAUCAGCCACUGGAAUUAAAAUUUCUACAAGACGUUAUGCGCAUAUUGGUUGAAAACCUGUUUUUAGACGCCAAUUUCGGGAGGCGAUCUAUAUCUUUGCAACUAUUAGAACAGUGUAUGCGUAUUGGUAUUAAUUGCAAUUUGAAAUUGAUUAAUUUAUUGCCGAAAAGGGCCGUUCACGCACUUGCUUCAGUGCUCGCUGAUUCCUACGAGAUGAAUAAAGAGUUUUCUGUAAGUAUGCUCAAACUUGUGGAAGACAAUGGAGAUUGUUAUUUAAUCGAACUAAAUGAUUUGAAUAUUAAUCUGGACGAAAUAAAAAAGCUGCUGACUUCUAUUCGUCCUGUGGACUCCGUUACGGCUGCUUAUCAGCUCGAGUUUUUAUGCAAUCGAGCUAAUCCUCGAAUAUUUGGCGAUUUUGAAUUGCCAUCUUACGCGAAUUGCCCAUACGCAGCUAUUAAAUGGCUAUUAAUAGCAGCGAAGCAAGGUUUAAAACUGGCAAAGCAAAGCAUUCUGGAGGCUGCCAAAUGGAAUCCCAUAUACGGCUUAUUAUUCGCUAUUAAGCACAUACUUAAGAAGUUAGAUUUCGGCAGCUUAGCUCAGGAAAUUUCCUGGCGAAUACUAGUGGCUGAGUUAAUAAUGUUUUGUAAAGAAUUGACAAUGGUCGUAGCACCGAUUAUCAAUAAUUCUUCGCCUGAAGGUCUUUUACCGAACGAUUUGAGUGCCUUCAAUGAGGAAUCGAUUGGACAGGAGGAUUGUGAAGAAUGUGAGGGCAAAAGCGCGCACAAAAUUCUUUCGCCGAAAGCUAGAAAUAUUGAUUUAUGCGCGGUGAAGACGACGUCCCAGAUGGUAUUAUUGUGUGCCUGGCGCAGUAUUAAAGAAGUUUCUCUUAUUUUGGGCGAGAUUGUUAUGUGCUCUCCCAUUCAAUUUAAUAAAUCAACUGAACAGUUCCUUAUAACGAAAGAACAAAUUUUAGAGAUUGGUGAACAUUUCAAAUUGUUAUUAUCAGAAACUAAGCACCGUGGCGCCUUUGAACAAGCUUAUGUGGGUUUCUCGAAACUUUGUUGCCGUUUAUGGACAGUGGAAUCACUCGAUUUAAAUUCCUUGCCAAUGACUUGGCUAAGGGAUUUAAUUAGCCUUAUUUCUUCACAAGAGAUCAAUCAUGAUAAAAUUUGUGCCACCAGACGCAGCGCUGGUAUACCAUUUAUGGUUCAAGCCUUAAUCACAUCGGAGCUAAAGGUUGGCUCUACAAAAUCUUUAUAUUGCUGCAUGUCCCAUCUUUUACAGUUAUGUGCGGCAAGUGAAAAAAGUUCAGAGAGUCGCAUACAUGCCUUAAAUAUACUUCGGGCUCUCUUUCGUUGUACUGAUCUAAACGAAGCUGUUGGCGAAUUCGUAGCGGAUGGCAUUAUAGCCGCAAUCAAUGGAUAUGACAAUCAUAAUUGGUCGGAAAGAAAUUCAGCUACUUUGCUAUUUGCUGCCUUAAUUACACGCACAUUUGGUGUUCAGCGGAAUAAAGAUUCGGAAAAUUUGAAUAUUCGAAAUAAAAUGACUGGUCGCAUUUUCUUUUUACGCUAUCCAAAAUUAUAUGACUACUUUUUGGAACAACUGCACCGUGCCAGCGUUUUGAUACAAAAUCAACAGAAAGCGCACAAAUUGCAUCCGCUGCUGCUAAUUAUGAGCCGGCUUUAUCCAUCAGCCCUUGAAGGGACAGAAUCAAAUUUAAAACUUUCUGAAUUCUUACCACAUAUAGCGGAGUGUGGCUUUUGUCCGGAGAUGCAGACUCGUGUAAUGGCAGCCAAAGCCAUAGUGGCUUUAAUUAAUAAGGAUGAAGUUCAUAACAUGAUCUUGAAUAAAUGUGCCGAAAUUAUGAUAAUGAUACAACCAAAAUCAAAAAUAAAAUUAAACAGUUUGCAUGGUAUCCUGUUGCAAAUCCUUUACCUAAUAAAAAACCACAAAUCUCUACUAAGUUCAGCACUUAUCGGAGAUGUUACUUGUUCUUUGGUGACAUUGCACGAGCAGACACAAAUCGAUCAUGCAGUAAUUAUGAAAGUCAUAUUGGAUAUAUUUAUAGAAAUAUUAAGCGGGUUGACUGCUUUGAAAUUCGAUCAUAUCAUCGUAAAAGAUUUGCUGUACUUUUCUGCCUUACCACAAUUAACUGAUUCCAAGUUAACAUAUAUCUAUCCGGUACUGCACAAAUCUAACUUCAUUUACAAUCUACAUGUCAUGCGCUUAACUCUGCCGUACGGUGCACUGUCCGACUAUACGUUAAGUCCCCCAAUUACGAUAAUGCCUAUCGAGCAAGCAGAAACUUGCCUUAAUGUAAUAUUAUUACUGUUAAAACGCGCUCAAUUCCCAUCUUCAACCUUUCCGUACCUAUCUUUCUCUGAAAAUUUUAGUAUCGGUGAAUUUUUUAAUGAAUUCGAAAUAAUGGAUUUCGAAUUGCAAUUUGUAAAUAUUUUGGCCGAGAAAGUUUUAAAUGAACUGGCCACUGAAUUAAGACAGAGCAAAUCUUUGCAUGAAACUCUUAAAGAGGUAGUUAAGAGACAGUUUUAUUACCCUCAGGCGGCAAUGAAAUCGUAUGCAAUACUUAGUUUAUUAGAUAAUUUUGAUUACGGUUUGACGCAGCUAAUUAAGGAGUCAAGAAAACAACCCGGUGACAUUAAAUUUCCAAUAAUGCUUUGCGUAGAGCGAAUAAUACAAAUGCACGGUAUCGAAUACAAAUACGCUCAGCUAUGCUUAGAACAUUUAACGGAAAUUGCUCAACCGUGGCAACCGGAUUGUUUAAGAUUUAAAGCUGCUAAUAUAUUAGCUUGUAUUGCCAUUCAUUAUCCUAAGGCUUUAGAAAAGAAACGCUUAAGUUUUAUACGAGCUUUUAUCAGCCUUCUACUAAAUCUAUUAAUGGACGAUGACCCUGCGAUACGCCAUUAUUCGGCUAAGAUAGUUUUACAUAAUCUACCUGAUGACAUUGAAUUGGGUUUGUCUGAAUGUGAAUAUAACCAUUUAUUUGCUUAUGAUAUUAAGAUUCCAAUUUGUAUAGAAAGCGUAGUGUCAACCAUGGCGCAGCGAUUAUUUCUACAAAACUCUGCUGAUAUAUUAUUGGCUUUUAGAAUGGACGACAAUUAUAUAUUAGAUAUAUUCAAAAUUAUUGUUACAAAUUUCUCUACACAGUCCUCUAAAAAAGAUGACGGAAGCCAUUCUUCUGGAGAGAACAGCAAUUCAAGUGAUGCUGAAGUCUUCGAGAAAAAUGAGGCAAAUGUUUUUGCGGAACCUUCCAAAGUUAUUUUUGAUGCAGCUGUGGUUUUCAAAAAUACUUUCAAAUCCCGCCUUAAAAUAACGCGCUUCAUUGACAAUUUCAUGCAGGACGUCUACGUCCAGGGAUCAGCAUCAUAAGCCGAACAAUUUGCUUCUUUUAUACAUAACGCCGGAUGUUAAAGGUAUAUUAAUUUGGCCGUUUCGCUUUUAACGUCCAAAUAUACGCAUCAGUUGACCCAUAAUGCGCUUAUAUCGCCUUUUUGGCAAACUCGAGACUUUUAGCCAGUUUAGAUAUCUGUCCGUCUGCUAAAGUUAAAAUUACUUCAAAAUAAAGAAAAUUUGAAUUGAUUACUCAUUACUCAUUAGUUUACGACUUAAAUUCACGGCUUAUAUGAAAGUUAUAAUAAAAUAUAAUUUCGACCGCUCACCGACUUAAUCCUAUCUAUAAUCUAAUUAAAAUAAUAUCUAUUCGCUUUAUAGCAAAUUUUCUUAUGCAUUAUUAUUGGGAAUAGCUUUAAAUUAUAUAUAUUUUUAGUUCACCAUAUAAGAAAUAUUUAAAUGUUUACCUUGUAAAUAAGUGUGCAUUUUGUUUUCUUUUCUUUUUUUUUUUUUUUUUAAUUAUACGCACAUGCAUUUAUAAUAAUUUUUACAUCCGAAAAUGCCCCAUUUAUGUAAAAUGCGUAUAAUAUAUAUAUAUAUAUAUAUAUGUAUAUGUAUAUAUAUGUCUAUGUACGAAAUAAUUUACUGACUUUUCGCCUGAAAUACCAAUCAAAAAUAUUGAAAUGUAAAUUUUAUUUCUUUAAAUCUAAAUUGCUUACACAUUUGAUUUGAUAUGAUCCGCUAGAAAGGAUACCUUAGCGUUUGUGUAGCAUUUGUUUGUGUAACCCAUAAAGGUGUGCAACGGAGGUAACAGAAAUUUAUACUUGCCGAGAAAGCAUCCACCCUUUUUUCGGGCUGGAACGUGAUCUACGUAGCACCGUAACUUGAUUAUUGCGACUAUAAGGUGAAAGUGAAAGUCAGAUUUAUGAGACUCGCUUUGCGGGGAACGCAUUAAGGGUAACGGGUUUUGUUUCCUUCGAAUUUCUAUUAACUUCAUAAUUUAAUGGCAUUUUUUCCAUUAUUUUUUUAACGGAAUUCGUUUCCGUUUUGGACGAGCUAGCUUAUCAUUAUUGCUUCUGAUCAAUCUAUUCAUUACUGAUCUAAUCUAUUGAUAUAGUUUUUAUCAUUUUAAUAUAUUAAAAAAAAAAAAAAAAAAAAAAAAUUGGAAAAAUAUGAUUCAUACGUAUAAGAACGCUCUACCACAAUUUAAUGUAUUUACGCAUACCAUAUGGUAAGGUUGGGUUUACUUAAUAAACCUCCCUCCCCAUUCAUUUCCCAAAUAUUCCUGCGAUUCUUUGCUAAUUUGCCUUCUCCACCAUAGUGGAUUAUAACACAUAACUCGAUAAGUUCGCAAGAUGACACAUAGAUGCCGCCGGUAUUAACGAAUCCAUACAAAAUGUUACUCUUUAAACGGAAUAUAUCAAAAUUUUACGAGCAAAGAAAAAAUGUCCUCGCGUUGACAAGUGCGAAAGUUACCAGGACCUGGCCAGGAUCGGCCUGGUUUGAUAUCGUGCGAUUUUUUGUCUGUUACACGAAGUGAAGAGCUCGCUCUGGCAACACCGGCAAGAUCCGAAUUGUAGGAAGCAUUCAAGGUCAUCCCGCAAUUGGAAACAGCGUUGACAUAAUUGCAUAGUGUUCGAUGGGAGUGUUUGGAGGUUUUAAGAGCAUAAAUAAUGAUUUUUGAUUUUACAAACAAAUUCACCUGAUUUUCGGAAAACAGCGUUCAGUGAGUGUGAUGCCAAAGUUGGCCUUUUUGGUUCCGUUUGUCUUCUUGGCCUUUUUUGUCGAGAAUUUUGCUUUUUAAGCAAAGCGUAUAAAAGCGGAAACAUGGAAAAUGAGUAGCGUGCACAGUCGGAAAUAGAUGUACUGAUGAUGAAGAUUCCAAAAACGUUCACGACUUCGCGUCUUUAAGAAUAUAAGUAUCUCUAUCUUACACUCUCUCCUAGCUGUUGUUGAAAAUAAAACGCUUUGCUUGCAUUUUAUUUCAGUAAUUUAAUCCUUUUUUAUUUUUUUAAUACUUUUUGACAAGAAAUGAUCAUUUAUUUAAAAUUUUUUCUUCUCUUCUGGGUUUAUUUUGUUUUGCUAUUUCGGACGUUUAUAGGCAAACGGUAUAUUAUCGAACGCGUCUGAAUAAGCUUGUUCUUCUGUUACCGCUCAUUGCAAUAUCUUGAUGUAUUAUUUCUUGUUUAUUUACUUUUGUAUAUUUUUUUUUUUUUUUGUAGGUUUUUAUUUUUUUUCUCUCUUCGGCUAUUAUUUCAGAUAAUUAUCACUUAGGAUUUACGUGACCCUGUAAUUUUUUUGCGCACAAAAUUUUAAAUCGAUAAAAUUAUUAGGAAAAAGAUUUUAAAAUUCUUUUUUCUUUUUUUUUCAUCUGAAUAUGAUGUUGUCGACGAUGUAAAAUAAAAUAUGUUUUUUUUUAAAUUUUAAUAAGUAAUAGAAAGCUGGACAUUGUACCUAAAGCAAGGGCGCCUUAAGGUCAAUAUAAGGGACAUUCACGUUUCGCAUAUAACUGAAUGAACGAAUUAUAAAAAUUCUUAGUAUAAUAAUUAAAGCCCUUAACGGACAGUACAUGUAAUCUUCUAAUCUUAAUCUCGAUAAUAUAAUAAUAAUAACUGAAAACUGAAAAUCUGUAAAAAUUCAUGCAUUUAAAUGCAAUCUUGCUCAAUGACAAACAAUGAACCGAUGGCAUGAAAUAAAAGAGCGAACUGCUUGCUCUACUGUAAUUGUAAUGUAAUUUAUUUAAAUAUUUAUUUCAUUUAAAAUGAAAUUAUUUCUU